UUUUGUCUUGGUUUUAGCUACUGGGAGGUGCUCUCAUUUCUGCUGGUAUAUCAUGGCAUUCGAUUAAGUUUAAGGCACCUUAAAAGGAUCUUCAGAAGUCGUGGACUACGCAGGAGAAAUAUCCAUUCAAGUAUCGAGAGAGUCGUGGAUGCAGUAGAGUAAGAAUUACAGUGGAGUGGGAGUACUAUUGGAUAUCGGCAAAUGCACCAGAGAUUGUUAAGAGAUCAUGGACUUGUGAUAGAUCGAGAAACUGUUAGGCGUGCCAUUAAACGGCUGGACCCAGAGGGUGUUGAGAUGCGAACGAAGAGACGGUUUAGGAGGAGAUAUGCAGCUCUUGGUCCUAACUUCAUAUGGCAUCUCGACGGUUACGAUAAAUUAAAACCGUACUGGUUCUGCAUUCACGGUGCGAUAGACGGUUAUAGUCGACGCAUAUUGUGGCUUGAAGUUGGGCCUACAAAUAACGACCCGAUGAUUACUGCUCGAUACUUCAUUGACUAUGUUCAGCAGUUACGUGGACUCCCGCGAGUUGUCAGAGGCGAUUGCGGAACUGAAAACAUACAUAUUGCUGCAGUUCAGCGGUUUAUGAGAAGAAAUGGUGGAGAUAAUAUGGCUGGGGAAAAGAGCUUCCUGUAUGGAAAAUCUGUCGCAAACCAGAGAAUUGAAGCUUGGUGGAGUUUUUUAAGGAAAAGUAACACCGACUGUUGGAUACGAUUUUUUAAAGAUUUUUCGGACCUGGGUCAUUUUGAUAACCGCAAUAUUAUUCAUGUAGAAUGUUUAAGGUUUUGUUUUAUGGGCUUAAUUGAAGAGGAACUGUAUAAGGUUGCGCAGAACUGGAACUUGCACAAGAUACGGCCUUGUAAUGCGGAGACACCACUUGGAAGACCUGAUACACUGUUUUUUCCUCCAGGAGAAGCAGGAGCUACGGACUACAAGAAAGACGCGGACGAGAAUGAUCUGGAGGUAGCAGAGAAUUUAUGUGGUGAGCGGUGCCAUCCUCUUGGUUGUUCACUAGCAUUCGUAUCAUUAACAGAGCUCAUUAUGGAGGAUAACAACUUGCAUUUGCCACAAGACCCAAACGAAGCAGCGUCUCUGUAUUUAGACCUGCUCCAUCAUAUCAACAAUCUGUAAAUCACCAACCUCUCUUACUGAGCGAGAAAUGCGAAGUUAUUGGCAAGUGUGCACGACAUUUCAAGUUUCCUUAUGCGUUUUCGUUUUCUCGGUUCCUGAAGAAAAAUCCGUGUCGAUGUUAAAUGGUAGAAGAACUAGGCAAGUUCAUCACUAAGAACA